AUGGCUCAUCCGCAAGAGAAGGUAUUCGUUGAUACUAAUAAUGAAGAAGAAUGUGAUCAACCACAGAAUAGCGACGCUUUAGAUGAAGCACUAUGUGUACCAGAGUCACAGUCUGUUGGCACGAACAUAGGAGCUACCAAUUUGUUGACAAAUACUUCUACACUAGAAGAAAAAGCGGAAAUUUCAUUUGGUGUUGCGACUCCAACACCAACUGGAGUCUCACCUUUCAACAACCAUGAGAUUCCUCAACCAUCAGAAUCAGGUAAGACAGUCGAACAAGUAGCUGCUCUUAGCGUUCCAAAUAUCCAACCAAGAGAGCAAACUGGACGUAAACGAAUCCUACAAAAUUUUCUGCUGUUCGAUGUUGAAGAGAAACAAGAACCGGUUCAAGUGACUCAAUACAUCUCGAAAAUACCCAAGAAUUCGACAGUAUUCAAAUAUCGUCAAAGCCCAAUUCCAGUAGAUAUCAAUCAAGUUCAUAAAUGUGCAAAACAAAUCGAUCAAGGACGCUUUGGCAAAGUUUAUUCAGCCAAUAUCAAAAAUCCACGUCAAAUUCGUAUGGCAGUUAAACGCAUUUCAUUUCAAAAAGAUGAAAAUAGUCGUUUGUCGACAUAUGCUGAAUUAUCAACAAUGGAAAUGAUUGGUUCAGGUAAUACUCCUUACAUCAUCGAUUACUACUGCUCUAUGAUUGAUAGUAGCAAGCAUGAACUUUGCAUAUGCAUGGAAUUAAUGGACACGUCAGUAGCAAAAUUCUAUCAAGCUAUGCAUCGAUUUUUUUUACCUGAACUUUCACCUAAGAAGCUCAAUCGUUUCGUACAACGUUGUGCGUAUAAUGUUGUAAGGGCACUUGACUUUUUGAAAAGUAAAAAUAUUGUUCAUCGAGAUGUCAAGCCACUAAAUAUACUGAUAAACAAGGAUGGUAAAAUUAAACUAUGUGAUUUUGGUAUUUGCGGUAAUUUAACUGAUAGACAAUUGGAUUUUGAUAUAUGUGUGGGUACUGCUAUGUACUUACCACCUAAACCAGAAAAAUGUGCCAUUCAAGGUGAUAUGUGGGCAUUAGGUAUCAGUUUAAUCGAAAUUAUUGCUGGAAAACAUCCAUUUGCUGGUUAUAAACUUGAUGGAAUAGCUUUUGUAAUUUUAGCAUGGGAGCCUACAGCUCCAACGACAGUUUCAGACGAUGCACAAGCAUUUAUUUUACGAUUGUUGAGAAAAGAAGCUGGUGAACGACCUCGAAAUUAUAUGGAUGUUAUAAAUGAUUCAUUUAUUUGUAAUAUGGCGGCAAUACCAUCAAAUGAUGAAAUAGAUUUUAUUCAACGUGUUAUCAAGAAAACAAAUCAAUAA